AUGGAGACACCGCCUGCAGCUGAGCCAACGGACUGCGGCGAGUCCGGCAACUUCACGCUGACUUUUGACGACACGACAGUCGGGCCCAGCGAAAGCAAUCUGCUAGCGGUCAAUGAACUGACAAACCCCUACCACCACCUCUUCUACGCAAAUGGAUACACAUACGUGCCCGACAAAUGGGAACCAUAUCCUGCCGUCUCACAACCCAACAUCGCAAUGUUCCUACCGCUCACCGGGCGUCUCCUACCUAACACGCCCUUUGCAGGGACCCUCCUCCCCGGUGAGCUCGGAGCCGGGCCCCGCGCCUCAGUGACAGCAUACUGGUUCAACGCGUACUCGGGCUACUUUGGCUGCGCCCUCAGCGGCCUCACGCCGUGUACGCUACGCAUCUCGGGGUACCGGUACGACGCGGGGCUGCAAGAAGAGGUGCUUGUUGCGGAGCAGAAUGCGUCACUGCCGGCGUGCUGGGGCUACGUCGACUGCCGCCUCACGCAGGUCGUCUUCACCGAGGCGUUCCGCGCGCUCUCGGGGAUCCAGUUCAAUGCGUAUACGCACGGUCUGGGGAUUCCGCAGGUGCACAUGAUGGACGAUCUGAGAAUGGAGUGGUGGAAUGGGUCGUGUGCGGCGGGGAUUUGGCGGAUUGGACAUUUGUAG